AUGUUAUUAAAUCAUAUAAAAGGUAACGCUCUCAUUGAUAAAGCGACAAUUUCUUUUGGUUUCUGUAACCAUUCUUUUAUAUUUUUUGGUUUCUUAGUAGCAGAAGCAUUUGGUAUUAAGGUAAAUACUGAUAAAAGUAUGGACUCGAUGGAAAUUGAUGACUCGAGUGUACAUUCAACAAAAGAAUUUCAAAUUAAUGUAAUAUUGAAAUACUUUUCGGAGCCAAUCAGGUAUCCUCCAGAAGCCAAGAUGCAAGACAACAUUUCAUUCGAAAUGUUUGUCAAUAUUUGUUAUCAUCUGCCUCCAAAAGAUCUAAUGAUGUUGGCUUGUGUUUGUAAAUAUUUUAAAAAUAUGCUUGAUGGAAACAUUUUUUCUGUUUCAUGGGAUAUUUGGAAAACGUCCAGAGAAAGGUUUACUCCUUUCAAGGACAUGGGCCCACCGAAAGGGUUAAACGAGCAGAAACUCGCUCGAUUGUUGAAUUUUGAAAAUGGAUGUGAAUUCUGCAAGCGUACAAGCGAGCGGAUUCAGAUCUAUUGGGUAGCUUGUGUUAGAUCAUGUAAAGAAUGUUUACAUAAGAGAGCCAAAAGCCGUCAAGAACUCGAAAUAGGAUGGAAGAUAGAAAGUGAAGUUUUUACAGGAACUCCUCAUAUAGUUCCGUGUCCAGAUGACGAUGGAAUAACCCAAUAUUAUUGGGUUCCUCAUAUAACGUCAUCACAAAAUGAGUUUCUGGGUGUAAAUAUCGUGAAACGCGGAGAAUGGACUGCUAAGAAAAAACAAGAGAUUUAUAGUGUAAUUGACGAAUCUCUUGAGCGUUAUCAUUGGAUAACUAGGUGUUGGCAAGAACAAUUAAAAGAUCAAAUGGAUCAUUUGCACGCUGCUCUUCAAAAUUUCUGUGACCGUUUUACUUCUUAUACUCCAGAAAUGUUAUUAAAACAUUCUGCUAUUUCCAAAAUAUUGUCCAACGUGGAAAUGAACCCAUUUGUGCGACAGGAUUGGGAUAAUUUCCAAUUUAAUUUGAUUGAGGCUUUAAAAUCAAAGCCUUUAUCAAAUCAUUUAAUGAAUAGUACUUCUGCUUCUUCAACACGAACAUUUAAUUUUGAAGAUAACAGAAAAAGAGAAAGUGAAAUUAAUAAUAUGUCAGCAAGAGUUAGGACAUUGAAAAUUCAGGACGAACAGCCAACAAGAAAGGACUUUUUAUUUGGUUAUCAGAAACCACAAAAGUCCAAGAUUAAUAUUAACUUAAAAUUACCACAAAAUAACUCGAGCUCGAGCUCCUCAAAUUCGACGCAAUUGGUUAGAAAUAGGUUUACCACUCCAUGGACAAACGUAACGUCUCCUCAACCUACAUUAAAUCCACCUAUUCAGCCUAAUCAAAUUGUUCAAAUUGAUACUACACCACAAAAUAGGCUGAUUUUAAACAGACGAAAUGAGAUUGUGAAAUAUCUUAAAUUAGUCGCGGGUGGUAAGCACCGAAAAAGGUCACCUUAUACCAUUGGUAUUCAUGACAAGGUGUUCCAAUUUCUUCCAUUUUGUUCGUCUUUUAUUACUCCCCCAGAUCCUCCUACAAGCAUGUUUGAUCCUACCGGAUAUUAUAAAAAAGAAUUU